GUGGCAAUUAUUUCACAGAUGAAGUCACGGAAAAAAUGUUUCAAUUUCGUAAACAGGACAAAACAUGAACAUACCAACGGAAAGAUAUCUGGAUCUUGGGAGAUUGCGUUUCGCAUGACAUCAUAAAGCCCUCAGUGUAGACCAUGCAAAGUUGAUUGGAUCGAUCCGCCAUAGUCGACGGGGUCCUAGUGGUGAUUGGUGUUAAACGGGGAUUAGAGAACGUGGAGAGAGAGGAAGAACGUGGUUGCGGGUUGUCGAUGUGAAUUCUUCUUGAUGGAUCGGAUUUAGCAGAUGAAGAUUGUGACAAGAUAUUUAGGAAGCGAGCUGGGGAGGCAUUCGAAAAACGAAUACCUAAGCCAUGAUGGAACGUCUGGAAAAGUUUCAAAUAAUCUUCAAUAAUCCCUCGGCAACUUACUGUGCUGGCGAUACUGUGUAUGGGUAUGGCUGGGUCGUGGUCAAAGAGGCAGUGUAUGUUCAAAGUCUUGCAUCAGGAACAAGAAUGACAAAAUGGGAAGGUGUUUGUCUAGAAGCUAUUGGAGAAGCCAAAGUGGAAUGGAUGACCUCUAGUGACAUACAGGCCUCAGACGAGGAGGUGUUCAACUAUACAACUGUGCUGCCAAUCAAAGAUAUUAAACUGGAACAUAUUCCAACAAAUUUAGAAGGUGAAAAACAAAUUGAUGAUGAAGGAUUGUUACAUCCAGGAUCUCAUUACUUUCCAUUUGAAUUUGUUCUUCCAUCAAAACUGCCAUCUUCAUUCAAGGGAAAGCAUGGCAGAUUGCGGUAUUUCGUGAGAAUGACAAUUUAUUCCCCUGGUGGGCCCCAUCACGAAAGAACAAGUAAAUUCGCGGUUAUUGGAGCCUUGGACCUCAACUCUGAACCCGAUUCUGCACUGCCAGUGGAGAAUGACACAUUUGAGGCGGUUGGAUCCUGGUGCUGUGUAGCUGGCACAGUCACUGCAACACUAAGACUUGAUCGGAAGGGUUACACACUUAAGGAAGCCAUCCCUGUGUGGGCGGAAAUAAAGAACUUAAGCACACGGAGGAUAGCAGCCACACAAGUAUCACUAAUACAGAAUGUAACCUACUAUUCCUAUCGAGGGAGAUUUUCUGAGUCGACACUGCUAGUAACUGUCCAUAAAGGCAGUAUAGCCCCUCGUGGAAAACAAACCUGGCAGAGAGAGCUACUGAGCAUUCCAACCGUCCCGCCUUCACAUCUUAGAGGAUGCAAGAUCAUUGAUGUACAGUACAGUAUAGAAUUAUGUAUAAAACCAGCAGGACUGGCCAGGAAGGUGAAGCUGCCAGUGGACAUUGUCAUAGGCACUGUACCUCUCCAAGAUGCACAACAUCGAGUCACAUGUCACCCACUUCUUUCACCGAGUGACAACAGCUUCCCGUUUCCAUUCUUCUCUGACAGCUCAUCAGACCACCUAUGUUUAACAGACAUGUCCUUCCACAGUAUGCUCCCAACAGCUCCACCCUGGGAGGAGGAUGACGAUAUUCCCUGACCGAGCUCAAGGCACAUAGCUAUGACGAGUUGAAGAUCAUUCCUGCAACCUGAAAGCCUCCUUCUGUGUCCCUAGUGACGCAAAACAUCUGACAGUGCUGUGUUACUUGCUCAGUCUCUACCCACAGCGCCAGUGGUACAAUACAAAUCAGACACUGUGCACAAGCCAAUAUUUUCAUCUCAGAAUAUCUUUGUACGAGGAAACAUACCCAUGUGAAGUAAUUGUGUUCAAAAACUGCCCAUGCUUCAUAAUGAGUGAUCACUUAAUACAAUUUUAACAUUUGCCAGAAGACAGACAGGCUUUAUUUUUCACUGUCCGUGAGACAUUGAUGUUGUGAUUUAUGUGGUGCAUCAACCAUGGCUGGUCUUUCAUAUGGUCCCAAGGAUCUUUGUGCCAUGACAACGUUGAAGAGACAGCUCGAAGUGCAAUAUGUUCAUAGAAUGAUAAUUGGAUAUUGUUUUAGAAUCACAUUGUUGAUGACCUUCAUGUUGGCCAUAAUUCAACACUGCAUCAUCAUGUACUCAAUAACAAUGCACCAGUCAUCUGUCAACACUGUAAAGCUACACUAUAUAACAAGCUUCUAGUUGGUCAGUAGAUGUGUGGAGCUGUUCUUGAACAUCACUGGUACUGGACGUAGAUCUGAGGACUGUAGUGAUCACUAACUGAUAGUCGUCAAAGACAGAACAUUAUUUGUAAAUUCAUUAGUUAGAUCUGCACAGUCAUCCCAGAUCUGCAGACCAUUUUCAACGAAUGGUCUCAUGAUGACUGUAUAUAGUCGAUAUAGCCAAUGUUAUAGCUAGAUCACAGGAGUACUGAUACUCCUUAUCUCCGUGACUUUGGCCCAAGGUCAUCAGCCAAGAGCUACUGAGGACUUGAUCUCCAUCAUCUGCCUUUCUGCUGAGUGUCAGCCAUUGUAGUAUGUACAUACCUGGCCUUUGUGCAGCCACUGUAGCAGACAUCCAUGCUUGUCUCACCUGACACUACUGUUGUUCCAUUAUAGCAUGUUGCAAGCAGGAGCAUAUAUGUUCCACAUUUGAAACAAGUAAAUGUAGCAUUUGACAGUAUUCUAGGGGGAACAAUUAACCAAGGCAUUGUGAUACAUGAAUAUGUCACACUGUAGUAUUAACAUCCAUAUCUUAUGUUGUGGUUUUCUUUCCUAUAGGUGUGUGCCAUUAUUUACCCUAGAUUGCUGGACAGGGUAACAUCAUUUCAGCCUUAUUAAACAAAGGUCCAUGAUACCACUGUUUUCAAGCAGUUAAGGUUAUUCCUGGUCUGUAUCAAACUGGUUAAUCCUUUCUGAGAUAGGUACUUUUGUAUAGUUAUAUUUUACUGUUCAACAGGUAGGCUGCAGUACUAUUAAGGGUACAUUUGGUUCAUUGUCAUGAAGCCAUGUAGGGGAACACUAAUGUCAAUAUAUAUGCCCUUAAAAUAUGAAUAGUAAGUUAUUAUGCUUUAUGAGUUUGCCACUAAUGGAAAUUAUAUGCUGCUUUGGUAGAGAUGGAUUAAAACUUGCAUGUUGAGUGAAAUUCUGAAAUGUGCAACAAUAUUCAAAUGACAGUAUACAUUUAUAAUACCAUAGCACAAAGAUGUUGCAGUGAUGCCAUGUGCAGAUUUCAGGUAAGAAUUGGUCCCCUGUAGGCUGUAAGAGGCAACUUAAUGGACUGGGUGGACAGGCUCAGUGACUUGGUUGAUUGCAUGUCAUCACACCCCAACACUGUGUAUCUUUGAUCAUAAUAUCAAUCUUUGAUUUUUUGGUCCAGAUUGGCCUUAGGAAAGUAUCAUAUUUUGCUGAAACACACGUUAUGUGACAAUAAUAAAUAACCAGUCCAUAAAGAAUGUUUAAGUUAAACAAACCCCCAACCCCGCCAUCACACCACCCCAUGUAGUUGUGAUAAAUUCUGGUGACCCCCUUCUCUUGUUGUGUCAUAUUUUUAUGACACCUCAUCCCCCCACCCUUAAUCCACUGGACCCACCCCACCCCCCUAUGAUAAAUGAGUAGUUCCCAAAUGGCAUUCAUAUUUGUUGAGUUGACAUGUCUUGUAUCUUUGUCUAUGAUUCCCCACUGCAAUGGCUCAUCCAUGGUAGGCUGCACCCAAAUGUGGGACAGCACUGUGUGCACUACAUAUUGUAUCAUGAUUGUGAGUAUUGUUGCAAUAUGUCAACCAUUGCUCAUCAGUUUUCAUGGAAAAGUGAGAAUUGUUUAUUGAUAUUAUUCAAAAUCAUGUUUCAUUUUUAAUUGCUUUAUCCCAAACAUAACAUAUUGUAAUGAACUGUAGAAAUCUGCAUGCGUGGACAGAGUAGAUCAACAUCUGUUUAUGUGUGAUGGAUGAGCUAUUUGCACAAAGGGAAUUAUGCGUUUCUAAACAAAGUUAUCCAAAGUAGCUAUAUACAGCAAUAUUUUGUGAACAUCUUAGCAAGACAGGACUGAUGUCAAUACAUUUGAGUAGGGUUGAUGACUGUAUAUUUUUGGGCAGGGCUGUUUUUGAUGUUGCAUACAGAUGUUGAUAGGAAUAGAUUUGACUAAAAGCCAUCAAUUAGAAACUUGAGUUUUAUCAAAAUGGAAUGGCAACGGGUAUUGUUCAAGAAAUGGUUGUGAAUAUUUAUUUUUGUCAGCAGAAUACUUAUAAUACUGUUAUGGCUUUGAAUAUUGUCCAUUGCUGACAGACUCUGUUUUUGUUUUAAUUGAAUACUGAUAUUAUUAAUACAAUAAUCUUUACCGGAGAUGACUGUUUUAAAAUCUCAUCUAUUUUUACAGAUUCUGUUCGUUUAUUUUGGGUGAGAGAUCAAACACAAAGAUAUUUUAUUGUAUUACUAUUUCUUUAAAUCCUCACUUCUUGUUCAAAUGUUUCAUCAGUUUUAUUCAGGGCAGUGUGCUUUAUCCUGUUGAAUAAUUACCCUUGACAGCUGAUGUUCCAGUACUUUCUUUCACAUUUGCCAACCAAAGAAGUCCUUAUGAUUACGGUAAUCCUAGCAGAGCAAAUAUUAUGUAACAUGAUUAUUUUGUGAAAUGAGAUCAAACUAAACCCCUCAUACCAUGAUAGGUGUCCAUUAGACAUUGCAUCACUCAUAUCCGCCAAAACACCUAAUUAUGAUGAGGGCAGAUUGUUUUAUGCAAGCUGCUAGCAGAACAACUAGCUCCAACCUGAAUUAUUGCAUGGACUACAAUUGUCUUUCAUAAGGUGCUCGACUGUUGAGCCAAAUCAAGAAAUUUGAGAUGGGAUGUCUCUGAUCCUCAUGUGGAGUUUGUCAAACUAGGACCAAUGUUACUUUGGGAUAGAGGGAACUUUUCAUUCAAAUUACAGUAAUGGUAAUAGUCAACUGACAGUAUCAAUACUUUGAAAUUUAUAUUUUCCACCAGUUUUUUAUGGCCAAAUUUUGAUAGUAUACUGGUUCUGAUUUUUACAAAUGUGCUAGUUAUUAAUGUGGGUUUGUAAUCAUAAAUUAGAAAUAUUUCCUGUUCCACAUUCUUAGUGUGGCACUCAAAUGUAUUUUCAGAAAUUUAGAUCCUUUGUGUCACUUUAAUUUUGCUUUGAAAUACCAGUUAAAAGUCAGCAAGACAUGAAGAAAAUGUACAUCAGUAAACAAACUGUUUCUCACCUUGUCCAUGUACUACACCUCCGAGGGUCACAAAGGACGGUCUAGGGAAUGGCAGUUUGUAGCUUUUACAUAUUUAACGCUGAUAUAGUCUGCUGUUUAUGCCUUCUGUGAAUAGAACCUAGCAAGGUCAAACUGCUUUGUUGCUGUUAUCUACAUGGUUUGGUCAGCCUUAAGUAGCUUUGUUAUUGGUGUCUUGAACAUUCUUCCAAGAAGCAUAUGAACCUGGCUCUUCUGUACAUAUUCCUAACAGAACUAGAUGAGUACCAUACAUUUUUGUGGGGAGAUGAAACUGUUACAUAGUAUUACAAUUAGAAAGUCAUGAGGGUAUGUCAAAAGUUGCCCUUGGGAAGUAAUAUAUGCUUAUUGAACUAUGUAGGUGUGCUUGAUACAUGACCGACUGUUUGAAUCACACACAGUGGGGAAUGUUUGCCAGAUGAUAUUCCCCUGAUAUUGCAGAUUACCAAUCUAAGUGUGAAAGCAUCAGUUUCCGCAUCAUAGCAGCUGUAGUAGCAAGGGUGUGAAAUGGGAAAUUCAUGUCACAUUCUUUUGGACUUUAUUGACAAUACAUUGCUUUAGGGUUUAACUCCACAAAGUGUGCACUAUGUGCCAUUAUUUAAUCAGAUGAAUCGGUUGCCAUGGCAAUAAGACUAGACUGUCAUGAGGCCAUGAAGCGACGAGUAUAGACCAUGAUAUUUUUCCCGAAAUGUCCACUAGAAAACAAUAAAGGAUUUCUUAUCAGUCUAGCCCUGCUGGAUACCUUGAAAAUGUGAUUGUUUCUGACGUUACCGAAUAUCAAUAAUGGUUCUGGGUUAUGCCAAGAAAUAAUAUCAAAUGCGUGGCACUAGCUAUCAAUGACAGGAGUACCAUGCGUUUGUGAUUUGCUUAAUGCCUCUAAGCAAAAACACAUUUAAGAAACAUUGUUGUUCCUCAAUUAUUGAUCAGCACUGAAGCACAGAAGUGGUACUGAGAAAUGUCGACAGUUGUCUCCAUGAAGUGAGAGUACUAUUUGUGCUUUUCAAGUAACAUUCUUUAUGACAAUAGACAUGUAUUCUUCAAGUUCUUCAUAAAUAUUACAGCUGCCAAAACUUGUUUUGUUCACAUGAACUUAUAUUUAGGUUGGCCAAAAUCUAUUGUGUAUAUGGCAGAAAUAAUUCAAAUAUAAUGCUAUGCAAUAUGUAUAAUUUUUACAUUAGCAUAGCCCAUUAUGAUCAUCUAAAACUUCAUUCUACUCGGCAUAUGGCACACAUUGGUUAUGUUAAAGUCAUGCAUAAUGUGUCUUUGUGUCCAUACGGGGUAUAGCCCUCUAAUCUAUACAAUAGAUUCAUCACCAACAUUCAGAUAACAUUCAUAUAGGCAUCAUUUCAUUUUAAAAUCUCAACCAUUCUGAGCAGUUCAUCAAAUCGUCAUUGUCACAUAUAGACAUUAUCUACUACUGUCAUGACAAAGUUAUAGCCAGUGUUUUCAUAGUUUUGACUGUUAUUAACAUGUGAUUUAUAGAUUGGAAAGUAUUUUUUCAAAUAACUACAGAUGUUACAUUUCCUUAAGAUGGUUUAACAAAAGUUGGUUUUAUUCAUAAUCUGUUAAAGAUUGAUGUUUUCAAAUAGUGUCCAAGAAAUCGUUUAAGAAUAUUUGUUUGAAAAUGUUAACUGAAAUCGAUUUCAGUUGAACUAAAACCAUUGAAUGUUAAGAAUGUUUUAUGAUGUGUAAACCGUGAGGUGCACUUGUGAUAACAUAUAGGCUGUAAAUAUUCUUUCAAGAUAAAUAAUAUCUUGUACCAUGGCGCAGCCUCGGGAUAGUCGGGUACAAGGAUGGCCCAGGGUUGUACAUCAUGAACAGCUUGCAAUAUGUGCACCCUGAACAGACAAACCAGUGGCUGUUAUACUACUCAACUUUUGAUAGUGGUAGGGAGUAUCCAGGUGGGGACAAUGUGACUGAUUGUCGGAUAUGUUGUCACACAAAUAGUAUUUGAUGUUGCCAUGGAAAUGAAGCAUGUGCAGCUUCAUAAAACAGCUUGAUAAAACAACAUUUGAGAUUUCAUACCAAUUUUUUUUAAUGUUUUAGAUGUAUACAAGGGUUCUAACUUAGGCUUGACUUGGAAAGUAAAUUAGCUCAUAAUUGUGUUUCGGAAAUGAGCUCCAUUGUAUGCAUGCUGAAAAAGCUUUAUUGGGUAUUUACGCAUGCUGUCUUUUUAUACUUGAGUUUUUCAUGAAAUGCGUUUCUGUACGCAAGUUAAUUGAAAGUAAUCGGGUUUUGAAUAAGUUUUUGUUGUUUUUGUUUGUUGUUGUUUUUUGUUUUUUUGGGGGGGUAUUUUACGCAAAUACGCAACUUAUCUGUAGCUCUGUCCCUAUCAAAUGUUGAGUGGUAUAUGCUGAACAAACAAAUAGGGUCAUGAAUAUUUAGAGGAUUUUGAUGAACUUGUGUCAUCACUACAAAGCAUAUCCCAUACAAUAUUCAUGAUCCCUAAUCUAUUUUGUUCAGUAUAGUUUGGACAAAUGAAUGCGGGAUGCCUGCAUUGCUUGGCUGGAUAACCAUGAAAGAUAUGUAUGGUCCAAUUGUCUUUGGGGUAUGCUGCUGUUCCAAGGCUGGAACCAUGCAAGUGCUGAGCUAACGGUCUCACCCACAGGUGUGCGUUGAUGAAGACCUUCAUCAGCACGACCUGGUCAUGGAAAAGAAAACUAGGGCAUAUUUUAUACCUUACCCUAUAACACCAUGUCAUCAACAGUGAAGUACCCAUCAUGUAAGGUGUAAUUAAUGAAGACAUGAUUCAGUUUUUCAUCCUAAACAUCUUCCCUGAGAGACCUUCACAUGACAGCCAUCUUUCCUUAUGGCUACCUGAUGCUCCCAUUUCAGUACUGUAUGUUUUUAAGUUUGUUCAUUAUUCUCAUAGGAAAAUAUUGCAUGUUAAUUCAUGUAUUCAUGGGUAUAUAUCAGUACAAAUAUAACUCAAUGUUUGUUGAUAUUAUGAAAUAAAUGUCUUUUAAAACA